AGCCCAGCCCGUAGCAAAACAGAAAACAACUCAACAACAAGAAAAACAUCAUGUCUCAACCACCAGCCUACCCACCCCCCUAUGCCGAACCAAAUGCUACACCGCCCCAAGGAGCAUACCCCCCACCACCACAAGGAGGGUAUCCCCCUCCACCACAAGGAGGAUAUCCCCCUCCACCACAAGGAGGAUAUCCCCCUCCACCGGGGGCGUACCCACCUCAGUCUCAGCAGAUGCAGGCAAGUAACGUGGUUGUGAUGCAACAGCCAGCCCAGCAGAGCACGGUCAUUGUAAGAGAAAGCGCAAAUGUAAACCACGCCCUCCACUGCAUCAUCUGCUUCUUCUUCCCGCCCUGGCUCUUCGUCUGGAUCUGGAUGUGCCUGACAGCCGAGUAGAAUAGCAGAGAUGAAAGAGGGCCAUCCAAGAUACAGCGACUGCGCCACUGACACAAACCACUGGCCACAAACAACAAUCAUAUUGACCACUCAAUUCAAGGGAAAUAACACGACGCUCAUGACAAUGAAUUACACCGAUUGCCUCCUUUCGAAAUUUUUACUCAUGCACGACACGAUGAAAAGACACUCGAGAGUAUACUCCCCGGUUUUAAAAUGUGUAUGCAGCUUUGUGAAUGUACAGAAAUAAAGGGUACUUACAGAUAUGUUUUUAUA